AUGGCAGCCAAUCUGGGGGUGCUUUUUGUUGAGGCACGCCAACACCCUGCAGGGAUAUCAAAACAGGCUCAAGAGCAAACUGGAAGAGCCACAGAAAGUGGAAAUUAUCUGAAUGAAGGAGAGAUUAUGGAGCAGUUAAGCAAGGCCAAAAUGGAGUUUGGUCAGAUGAAGACUUUGUCACCUUUUCCUAAUAUUCCUGGCGUUCCAAUUCCACAGAUACCAUUUGCACCUCAAACUCCUGGUGUUCCAAUUCCACAGAUACCAUUUACACCCCAAAUUCCUGGUUUCCCAAUUCCACAAAUCCCAUUUGCACCCCAAAUUCCAGGUGUUCCAAUUCCACAGAUACCAUUUACACCUCAAAUUUCUGGUUUCCCAAUUCCACAAAUCCCAUUUGCACCCCAAAUUCCUGGUGUUCCAAUUCCACAGAUACCAUUUACACCCCAAAUUCCUGGUUUCACAAUUCCACAAAUCCCAUUUGCACCCCAAAUUCCUGGUGUUCCAAUUCCACAGUUACCAUUUGCACCUCCAUUUGGAAUUCCUAAAAUACCUUCAGUCCCACCACUUCCUAACUUUCCAGCCCCUCCUAUCAACAUUCCCAAUAUCCCUUUCCUUUCACCUCCUCCUGCAUAA